AUGGUGGUGAGGUUUAGCCCUUUUUCUCUGAAACUGUCUCAACAGCCUCAUAAUCAUCAAUCUUCAUGUUUCUCUAAACAAGUAGCUGUUAGCUGUAGCUAUGGAAUGAAAAGGUUUGACAUUAGAAGGCCACAGAUAUUGUCUUCUGCUUUGGGAAACUCUGAUGGGUUGCGUGUGUUUGUGGUUUCUGAUUUGCAUACUGAUUAUGAUGAGAAUUUGAAGUGGGUGGAGCGUUUGUCAACUGUGAAAUAUAAGGAUGAUGUGCUCCUUGUGGCUGGUGAUGUUGCUGAGACAUAUAGAAUGUUUUUUGUUACAAUGUCUCUUCUGAGAGAGAGAUUUGAACAUGUUUUUUAUGUUCCUGGAAAUCAUGAUCUUUGGUGUCGUCGCGAGGGGCAGAAUUAUGUUGAUUCGGUUGAGAAGUUUAACAAAUUGCUUGAUGCAUGUAAGAGAAUCGGAGUCGAGACAAAUCCAAUGGUUGUUGGUGCAUUAGGGAUCAUUCCUUUGUUCUCUUGGUACCAUGAGAGCUUUGAUAAAGAGGAGGACAUAACAGGCUAUCGCAUCCCGUCUUUGGAGAUGGCAUGUAAGGACUUCUAUGCAUGUAACUGGCCCAAUGGACUUUCAAAUGGAGAUACCUCUCUCUCUUUAUAUUUUGAUGCCCUCAAUAACAAACAAAUGGAAAGUAUAAAGGAGAUUCAAAAGACAUGUGAUCACAUCAUUACCUUUUCCCACUUUGUUCCAAGGCAAGAACUUUGUCCGGAAAAGAGGAUGUUAUUCUAUCCCAAGCUUCCGAAAAUAAUUGGUUCAGACCCUCUUGAAGAUAGAAUAAGGUCUAUACAUGGUGCUCAGGGAAGAGAGGAUGCAUCUUCUUGCCAUGUUUUUGGUCAUACUCACUUCUGCUGGGAUGCUGUUGUAGAUGGCAUAAGGUAUGUACAAGCACCCUUAGCUUACCCAAGAGAAAGGAAGAGAAGAAUGAAUGGAGGAAACAAAUGGCUGCCAUUUUGCCUUUAUGCUGACAAAAAGUUUUCUAAUAAACUCAAUCCUUGCUUUUGGUCUGAUUAUUACUCUGUCAUUCCUAGAACACCUCAUAACACUAAACUUGCUCCUUGGGUAGCCAGAUUUUACAAGCAUAAAAAAAUCAUAGAUGUAUAG